CCCUCCACUCCUCCUCCAGCCACCUAACUUCCGGCCACCCUCUCUCUCCUCUACCAGCCUCUCUCUCUAUCAAUCUCUCCCUCAUUCCCAUGCACACGUUAAACCGGUUCGGUGUCAGUGUGUGAACAGAUCUGGACUCUCGUUUUAACUGGAUUAAAGGACCGUGUGUGUCCGUUUUGCUGUGCGGCUCCGCCCGGUGUGAGCUGCAGACUGACUGCGCUCAUCUACAGAGUUGUAUUGGAUUGACCGACAGACAGACAGAGAGGACUGGUGUUACCCCACACGCAGGACAAAGAAAACGGGGGGAAAUUAAGGGGGAAAAAAGCCAAGAGUGGAAGACAGAAUGAUGAAAAUGGAUAGCUGUGUCCUCACACUCGUUUUUGGUGUUUUAAUGCUCGGUGGGUGCCUAGCCCGGGUUGUGAAGGUGUCUCCUGGUCCGUUAAUCCGGGUGGAGGGUCAGCCGGUCUCCAUCAGAUGUGAUGUCACUGAAUACGGCGGACCUCGUGAGCAGGAUUUCGAGUGGAUGAUGUACAGGGAGGUGAAAGCGGCGAGUAUAAAGAUCAUCUCCACCUUCGACUCCACCUACUCCGACGUUUCGCUCAGCAAGCGCGUCGCGUCCGGCGACAUCUCGAUGGUGCGGCUCAAGGAUGACCAGGUGGAGCUGAAGAUAGCGGAGGUGAAGGCGUCGGACGCCGGCUUCUACUUGUGUAUGACGCCGAGCACCGACUCCGUCAUCGACGGCAACUACGAGGCUGAGGUCCAACUCACUGUCAUCCCCAACACCCUCAGGGUCUCCCCGGUGACCCCGCCCGCAGACAUCACAGAAGGAAGUGACCUCACGCUCUCCUGCAACGUCACCCGCGUGCUCACCCUCCCCACCUACCUGUCCGUCACCUGGUUCGUGAAGAGGGGAGCGACGUCGGAGGAAAUUCUGACGUUUGGCCCUCAGGGAGACGUGGUGACGGGGGCGAAGUUCGCCCGGCGCUACGCCGACGGAGGCAUCCGAUUGGUCCCCGGAAAGAACGGACUGUUUGAGUUGGUGAUCACCAAAGUGACGACGUCCGAUGGAGGGAUUUAUGAAUGCAACGGGACCGAGUGGACGCAUGAAAGUGGAGGGAAAUGGAUAAAAAUCGUGGAGAGCACAAGAGAGAUGGGAACUGUUGCUGUUACUUCGACAGGUCAAUCCCUCAGAGUGACGGCUUCUUCAUCCUCCUCCUCGCCUCUGCUCCUCUCCCCCGGCGACACGCUGACCCUCCUCUGCUCCGUCGCCGCCGACAACCUGCCCGGCCUCGCCCUGGAAGUGGCCUGGCUGGCCGACGGCCGCGACAUCAUCACCAUGGAGCGCAGCGGGGUGGUGAUCUCCAACACGUCCUCGGGCGGCGCGCAGGGGAAGCGAGGGGAGGCGAGUCUGGAGCGGACGGGAGCUGGAGAGUACAGGCUGAGGGUGAGGGGAGUGAGCGGGGACGACGGAGGGACGUACGCCUGCCGCAUCCGGGCCUUCAUCGAGAAGGGAGGGAGGAGCUCGGGAGGAGGAGGGAGGUGGCACAUGGCGACCGAGAAAUCAUCCAGCCCUGUGACGGUGACGGUGGCGCAGAUCAAACCGAGCUUCACGGUGACCCUUGCGGCCGUCCUGAACCCCCAGAUGACGGCUGAACCCACAGAGCUGGCGUGUCACGUGACCAACGUUACCCAUCUACCCCUGGGAGGCCGACUGGGUGUCACCUGGGAGCACACCACACUGCCUGGUGUCGGAGGCGACCCUCAGACCUCACAUCCCAUCGGCUCCCUGGACGGCGACGGCAACCUGUUGCCGGGGUCGAUGUAUUCUGACCGUCUGAAGAGCGGCGUGAUGUCUCUGAGCAGAGUCCAGCCCGACACGUUCAAACUGCGAUUCCUCCGCACGCAGGAGGUCGACAUGGGCCAGUAUGUGUGCAGUGUGUCUGCUUGGAGUGUUAACAGCCAGGGUGACAUGAAGGAUGCAGAGUACCAGAGCUCGCCGCUGGCUGUACGAUGGGACACCAAACGUCCCACUCUGAACGUCGUGGCCCAACGCACCCGUGAGGCCUCAGUGGGCGGGGCUACCUUUGAGAUGAGCUGCACCGUGGCCACUGAGAACCUCGGCGAGGCGGGCUACUCUGUGCUCAUCCAAUCACAGGAAAGCCUGGAGGACCCGGUGAAAACAAUCAUUUCACUCAGCCCUGACCACGUCCUGCAGCACGGAGGAGCCACAGACCCCAACAGGAGAGACAGUCUGGUUCUGACGAAGUCCGGUCCGGCAGAGUUUCAGUUUCGCCUGGCCGGCGUCCAGCUGUCCGACAGAGGCUACUACUGGUGCGACAUCACCGCGUGGACCAAACAACAGCCGGGGCAAGCGUGGACCAAAGCCGCCAGCGCAGAGUCCAACAAAGUCAAGAUCGACUUUCAAGAAAAUGGCCCGUCCUACUCCGUCUCCAUCAAGUCCGACACCACCAGCGUUUAUCCGUGGGAAACGGCCAAGAUGGAGUGCUCGCUCAGCGUCUCUGGAUCCUCCCCAAAGACCGGCGCAGACACAGAUGACCUGGCGUACGAGGUGCGUUGGCUUUUCACCCGGCUGCGCGGCGGAGAGACGACGACCCAGGUGGCCAGCGUCGACCGCUUCGGCGUCGUGAGGAAAGACGCUCGUAACUCGUCCAGCGACGUUUCAAUAGAGCGCAGGGACACACACACCUACAUGCUGAACAUCCAUGGCACUCAGGACAGCGAUAGUGGUGAGUACCACUGUGUGGCCACUCCCUGGUACCUGUCGGCCUCAACAGGAUCCUGGACUCAAGCCGGAGAGCUGACGUCGUCUCGAAUCUUCCUCACAGUCAAAUUUGCUGUGUGGGAGUCCCUAAAGUUACCUCUCUUAUAUGGAGUAGCAGCCUCGAUAGGUGUGGGCCUCUUCUCUCUGGUUCUGGGUCUGGUCUGCGCCCAGUGCUGCUGCCGCAACACCACGCACAUCCCACGCUCGCGCAACAAACUGAUGGACCUGGAGAUGGACUGACAAACACUUUCCCCGGCACCCACACACUGCAGCGCCCACCGGAAACACCACACACACAGCAGACACACGCCCAUAGACGAUUUCUGGGACACCCAGUUGUUUCCGUGCGACGGACAUUGGGAGUAAAAAAAAAAUGACACGUCGCUUCGGAAGCCUGGCUUGUCAAAAUCGCAGGGCUUUUCUGAGGUGCUCGGGGGUUUCUUCAGCUCUGCAGUGGAGGAGCGGGGGAACUUUUUACAAUGACACUUCAGUUUCUGUGGAGAUCCAUUGAAAUCUGUGAGCUUCCAGUGAUUUUUACACCGGUAUCCUUGCUCCCCGUUAUGACCAUAGCACUACAAGAACAGGAGGCUUCUGAGACAUCACUGCCACUUGGGAAUAAAGGACCACUUAACAGAUCUGCUGCCUCUGUAACCACUAGGGAUAACACGUGAAGCGCUCAGGCUGGACUACUGUGUUUUCUUUUUUCUUACAAUGCCAAGGCUCCCUGCAAAGUACAACCAGGCUGUGUUCCUGUCUCUCAGAGUAACGGCACACCAGCGUACCCCCUUGAAUUUUCUUUUUUUGAGGAAGCACAGAAAAUUCAAGGGGUGGUUGGUGUUGGAGAGACACAUACCUGAGCCUCAACCUGUUAAGUCACAUGUUAUUUUGUAUUUGCAGAGACUUACGGUUAGGCAGCCUGAGCCUCACUUGGAGUAAACGUCAUGUUCAUGCGGGCAGCAGAAGUCCAAGAAAACAACGUGCUUUCCACACGAGAGGUAUUGCACUACCACCCCAGAGUAUUCCUACCUUAACAAAAAGGACAAUAUCUUUUAUUCUCAACUCUAGUUUUUUGAAAAUUACGAGAUUUUAAGACAUUUUUAAGCUUUACAACGGAGAUAUGCAGUCAGUGUGUUUGUGUGUGAGAUAUACCGUACGUGGUGCCAAUAUUUUGAACUGACGGAGGUUCAUAUCGCCAGACGUCAACACUUGAAACAGCCGCUAAAAAAAGUGGCGACAGCAAGCACUCUGCUUUUCUAGAUAUUCAGAAAUGUAUCCUGCUGUUAUUUUACCAGAGUCUCGUGUGUGUUGGUGUGAGUGCCGUGCUACAGUAUGUGAGACAAAGAGUUGCAUGUACUGUUUUAUAAUGACAGACUGAUGUCAACACAAGCCUUUUCCUGGGUCACAUUUUGAUGACGUCAAAGCCUCCUACAUCCAGAUUUUUUAAACCUUGCGGUCACUAGUCUAGCUAAAUGACUGUGUCAUGUUUUGAACAGGAAAAAUCACGCAUGAUUCUCAGUUUCACUUUUGCUCUUUAAAGGACCAGUUGAACAUUUUGGGAAAUAUGUUUAUUUGUGCAUUGAGUGCGGAGCUAGAGUCAGGGUGCGGUUAGCCUAGCUUAGCAUAAUGACUGGAAGCGGGUGGAAACUGCUAGCCUGGCUCUAUAAAAAGUGACUAAAAACGCCCACUAGCACCGCUAAAGCUCAUCAUUAACACGUCGUAGGUUGUUUGUUUAAUCCGUAGACAUGUUUGUUUGAUGGGAAGCUACAUGCUGUAACUAUUUCUUGGCUAUGCGGAUGGAUAAACUGUUCAUUAAGAAAUAGUUCUAGCAUGUAACGCCUCCUAAAACCACAAUUUGUCUAUAUUUCAAUGCGUUUUGUGUACGGAUUAAUCACACAAGAUACAAUGUGUUAAGUAGAGUAGUAAAAUUUAUGAAUUUUAGAUAGCUGUUUCUCUCUGCUUCAAGUCUUUAUGCUAAGCUAUGCUAACACACAUCCUGACAAUAAGCAAUCAUCUUAUCUAACUCUCAAAAAAAGGAAGCAAAUAAUUCCCAAAAUGUUGAGCUAUUCUUUUAAACAUCACAUGACUUCAAUGAGUUUAAGGGGCAGUAAACAUUACGGUAUAUCCUCUUGUUGUCAUUUUUGGUUUAGCUAGGCUAUCACUAGCAAACAAGCUGUACUCAAAUAAUGUCAGAGUGUUCCUUUAAUGUCGCUAGCUAGAAAGAUAAUCAGUAAACUCCAGCACUAAAGUUGAACCUUGCACUUCCAAAAAAAGUGAAAAUCAUCAACUUUACCAGCUGAUUAUGGAAGUAAGCUGUUCCCAACAUGUGCCAUCUGAGUCUUUGUGGUGUUUUUUUUAUAGCAAAUGAAUGAAUAGUUGUGUCACGUUGACUGCUGUGUGAACGCACACUCACAGUCCCAGCAACAACAACAACACAAAGUGAGGACGUUUCUGUCCAAACCCAGCGGGAUCCAAACAGACCUGUUAGGUUUGUAUUAACUUGUGCCAGGCUGUGUUUCCUCCUUCACUGACUGGGCUUGGAUAGGGCUUUGUUUGAGGGUUUUAAAAAGGUAUUUUAAGCAACUAUCCGAACUUAACGAGCAAUAUGAGGCUGUAGUCAGGUCACAGCUUGUGUGAAGCUGCACUCUGGACAUAAAACGGGUGUUUUCUGAUUGGUUAUUACAUAUCCAAACAAUGCAGCCGUCGCCCACUCAGCUCUGCACAAAACCGCCUCAAAUGCGGCCUGGCAAGCCAGCCAAGCCAGAAAUAUUAUCCAAUCAAAGCCCAAAUCCAUAAAUAUCUCUGACUGAUGAUACUCAAAGAGUUUAUUUCAUAGUUGCACAAAUGCGCAACACCAUCAGCUACAGAAGACACCAAGACAAACCUGUACGACAUGUGUUUGAUUGAUGGUGACAGUUACUUCAUAAACUUCCAAUACGUGUCCAUGAACCCACUCCACAGGUGUGCGUGAUAGAGCAAAAUGGGUUUUCCCACUGUCAUUAACACACAUUCACAGUACUUGAGCACACAGGUGAAUAAUAGGGCUCUGUGCCAAAUGCUCUUAACAGUAAACACACACACACGUAGCAUUGAUGCACGCCACUGAACACGCCACUGCAAGGUUUCCCCAGUGUCCUUUUUAUUUUGUCAUUUUAUUGCAACGAGUAUGAUGAAUCAUGAUGACUUUUUUUUAAUAAAUAGAUUUGUAAGAUGUA